UCUGCGCAAGUCACGGUCUGAUUGGUGGAGGGAAAUUUUGAAACGGGCGACUCGUUUCUUUGUUCUCGGCUAGACUGUAAAUAGUUUUAGCAGCAGUUUCUAGGUUAAUUUUAGCCACUAGGUCAUAAGAUAGGCACUACUACACGAUGAUAUCGCGAUCAGAGAGCAUAAAGAAAUCCUUCAGGCGGCGGAGGAGCUUGGUGACCGCAGCGGACGACCAGGCGAGCCCGGCGGCGGUGGUGAAGAAGCCGCCCCUCCGCCGGCGUCCCUCCCUCGCCUCGAUGCAGGAGCUGCGCCAGAGCGUCCGACUCAAGCUGGACGAUCACAAGAGAAGACACAGAAGUCUGGUAGAAGUUGGCAGCGAUGAGGAAAUACCAGAAUCUCCACCAGAUCAGAAAAUCACAGGUAUGAAACCAAGGUUUGUCCGUCGCCCGUCCCUAAGAAGCCUGAAAGCCAGUCUACCCUACAACCUGCGCAUGAGACGCCAGCCCAGCCUGGUAGAGGCCGUGGACGAAAAGGCCAGUCCCGUGGUCGCCACUUCGGCCAAAGUCCGCAGACGUCCGUCCUUCAAGAUGAUUCGCAACCAGCUGGCCGAGCGCGGCGUCGGGAGGGAGCUGUCCGGACUGAAAAGGAAAGCGAGCAGCGUUGUUCGAGCGGCUACAAACACGCUCGGAGCAUUGCCAAAUAAAUUCAACAUAAACAACCAGAAACGCCAGCGGUUGGUCGACACGUGUGAGGUUUCCUCACCGGACACGACGGUCGGUUAUCGCUACAGUAUCCUAACUCAACCCAUAAACAGGACCAUACGGAACCCCUCCCCCUUCACCCCUGUACGACAAAGUAGUACGGCCCAGCGGCGGUCGGUACGGCGCAGCGCUCGCAGGAGGUCGCGGGCAUCAGCCACUCCCUCCGCCAGUCCUGCGUCUCUAUUGGCCACUCCUGACGGGCCUUUGACACCAAUGAGGAUGAUCCAACAGGAGGCUCUGUCCAACAGGGCCUGUUACAUCAAGUUUGACAGCCCAGGGAAGGAUCUAGACCUCACCUUCAACAGGACUGUCUCUAACGUCUCCACGGAGCUCAGCAGAGCAGACGACCCUAAAUCCAUUUCCCUGGAUGAAGCUGUGAUCUGUAAUCUGAUGACCAAGCUGAACUCAAAAGUGUCCGUCAAAGACAACUGAGACCGCAACACAAGGGGUGAUACAUGUACACAGUGUCUUCUAUCUAAAUUUCAUCUUCUAUCAUCUAUGUACUCUGUCUUUGGGCCAACCCUCAUGUCAUUCCUCAAAAUCAUGCCAAGAAUUAACAAACGAUUUAUGUAAUAUGUUACAUAAUCUUACUGGACUGUGUCAAAUAGUGCCAGGCAUUUGCAAAGUUGUGCCAAUCAGUAUUUUGCUUAAAAAUGGCACGAAAUUGAACUUGUAUCAAACUGAGUAUGUAACAUUCUGUGCAUGGCCAUUUUGUUUGGCUCAUCUAGGAUUUGUGUGGAAAUGUGUAAGUGUGACUGCAAUGGAUGAUUGCCAUAGAUUUAGAAAGUUAGUGCAAUUUCCUAACACACUAUGGCACAUUCCAGUGAGAUACCAGCUGUAGCACUUUCUCAAAAUGUGCUGUUUAUCUAAGUGUUAUAUCUCUCUGUCAGUCAUAGAUAUAGCAAAAUCAUUAAAAAUUAGGGGUAGUCUCCACGCUGUCACCAUGACAUAUUUUUUGUCAAACCUCCAACAUUUCUGUCUCUUAUAUGUUGUUACAUUAUUUUGUGUUUUGUAUCUUUAAACAAUAUCGGUAUGUGAGAAACGGAAAAUGUCAUUAAUGUGGCCAAAGUCUUUAACUGGUUCAACAAAUAUUGUUCAAGCUUGCUCUAUUUUGUACCACUUAAUAGAAUUGUAUGUACAUGUAUUGUUUUUAAUGUUUUUCACUUUUUGUUGCGUCUUGCUAAAAUGCUGCCAGUUUGUUUGGAUUAUCCAAACAGUGCAUAUAUAACGAAUAACGAAUAAUAAUGUCUGAAAUCCGCUUGCUUUUAAAUGCCAAGUCAGCUUGAUUUAAUUACAUAUCAAUCAUGGAACUAACGACAAUUAUGGUAUUAUGGUAUUAUGAUUUGAGUUUAAAUCAGUACAAUGAGAAUUUGAUAUGAAAAUCUUUCUGGUGGAAGAAGUUAUAUCUGUUGCUAACCGACGUCUUUCUAUAAAGGUUUUAUUUUUGUAACACAUUUGUAUUUAUCAAUAACUUCUCAUGCUACCUAAAACUAAUGAUACAUAUAUCUUUUUUAUAUCAUCAACUCAAUUUUUAUAAGAGUAGGCCUAGGAAAAAUUGUGUUUCCAAUUAUGCUCCUUUAAAAAGAUUAGGGUCAGUGGGUAGACUUGUUAUAGUCUUCAAAAAUUGCGGCCUAGAACUACUACAUUUUUGCAAUGUACAAAACAGCUAUUCAUGGAACAAGCAAAAGUAUAUUGAUAAAUUGACAAUGUGUAGCACAAAUUGUAUUUUCCAAUUUAUCAAUAAGUAUAAAUUGUAUUUAUCAAACUGUUGAAAGCCCUUAUCAGUUAACAGUGUGAAAUGCAAUAAGUUUUCAUGCAGAAAUUAGAAACAAAGAGCUGACUAAAAAUGGCAAAGGUUGGCAGGUUUUUGCUUGGGUUGUUUGGUAAACCGGAAACACAUUUCUUGCAUAGGCCUUAUAUAUAGACAACUAUAUAGCCAACUAACGGGACAUCUCAUGUACAUUGUAUACUAAAAUAGGAUAAUACAGGGUAUACCAAUUCUAUAGCCAGACUGAAUACUUAGAAUAGUGUUAAAGGCAACAUGUUCUAAAAUACACCUGCAAGACUUUUGAGCUGUGCAAAAAUUUUGAUUGUAUUUUUAUGAUUUACAUGGCUGCACAAAGAAAGUUCGUAAAGUCUAAAAAUUGUUUUGGUCACUUGCAUUUGAAAGUACAGUACUAAUUUUGAGUCUCUUAGCGUAUCUCUUAGCAGAAGUUUUAAAACUGUGCACAUUAUGACAAAAGUUCUGCUGUUUUAAAUGACAUAGUGUAAAUGUAGUCUUACCAUAUGCAUGUAACUACGCUGUAGUAUGAAUGUAUACCUCACUGUUUCACCACUUCUACACUUACACUUUAAUGUUGGAUCAAAGUUGAACUGCAAUUUCCAACACAAAAUUUGGGCCUAUCCAAUUUUUUACUGUCCAGUAUUGUCCAGGAAUGAGCAAUUCACUAUACCCUGUCAUGUUAUGUACUAGAUGGAAGUUAGAUCACAUGAACAUGUGCAACUAAAGAUCCCACCAUUCACAGAGUCACGUGUUUUAUCUACACAACGUGACAUCACAGAAGCAGUGGAUUGCUUAUUCCUUGACAAAGACUGGAAUUGGACAGUCGAGAAUUUGAGUAAGUCCAAUUCUUGUGUUGGAAAUAACAGGUCAACUUUGAUUCUACCAACACAGAUGAACUUUCGUGUUAAAGUCCAGUGCAUUGUGCCAUAUGUACAGUACAUGUAUUUUCUGUCAUGACAGAUCUAACAAAUCUAGGAAUAAAGUCUAAUUGUUACUA